CCCAAUACACUCGGACAUUCUUUGCUUCCACGUCCAUUGAAAUGCAUUGCAGUUAUUCAGUUUUCUUUCCUUUUUUAUGUUUUUUUCUUGUCAUUUUAAGUUUAAAAUGGUCAAAGGGUGUGCAUACAACAUCUGCGGGCUGUAAAUUUAAGUGGCACUUGUUACCCCCCUUGUUUCACGUAGUUAAAGAGUAAAUACAACAUCUGCGGGCUGUAAAUUAAAGUGGCACUUGUUACCCCCUUGUUUCACGUAGUUAAAGAGUAAAUACAACAUCUGCGGGCUGUAAAUUAAAGUGGCACUUGUUACCCCUUUGUUCCCCAAAUAUUAUAAAUUGUUCCCUUAUAAUUACACGUACGUACUUCAUAAGUUUACUAUAAUUACAGAAACAUACACUGUAAAUUCGCUGUACUUACGCAGUACUUUACUGCAUAUAUUAUUCGUAUUUUUCCUAGUUGUUACCCCUUUAUUCCCCAAAUAUUAUAAAUUGUUCCCUUAUAAUUACACGUACAUACUUUAUAAGUAAACUAUAAUUACAGAAACAUACGCUGUAAAUUCGCUGUACUUACGCAGUACUUUCCGGGCUGUAAUCUAAAGCGUUACCAAAACGACUACUAUUAUGCUGAUAAAAAUAUGCUGAUUUAGCUGAUUUAUUUAUUCUGCUACUAUACAGUAUAUUAUCCCAAAAAUGUGAUUACAGUACAGAAUAUAUACAACAUAAUCUGCUUAGUUAAUGUUUAUAAUAGUUCGUAAUGUGUUUGUGCAUACUUUUGUUGUGUUUUAAAUCAAAAAGCAAAUACUUUAAAAAGUAAGCAAAUAAUUUCAUAAGCUCAUGUCUCCACUUGCGUAAGAAGCAAUGUAAUCAUAUUUUCAUAAAACGAAAACAAUACUCAAUACAUGGAGUAGUUUAAUAUGUUUAUUAUGGUUUGUUCAAAUAACUUACAAUGUGUUUAAUGAGAAAGAUACUGCUGACUGUGUCGUGAAGCUCGACGUGUCGCAAUAAACAAGUCCAUUAAAAAUUGCUGUUUAAAAAAACUCACACCAGAGGGACAGUUGUGACAUUUUAAACCAUCCCCUGAAAAAUCCAUUUACAAACACUUGACUGACUUUCCCAUUGUAAAAAUACUGAUAUGUCUCUGUGCUUUUUUAUUUGCGCAUUGAAGACCCAUCACCUCCGAUCAACAACACGAAAUUAUUGAAUAUAUCUUCAUAUAUCAAGCCAAUUCUUAAUUUCAUCCUCCAUACAUGGCAGGUGUAGUAAAUAUUAACUGUUUAUAUCAUGUUUUAUGCGUGCUCCCACUACGGCCCUCAACCCGACUGGAAGUCUGGGACCGGAGAGGAAAUACGUCACAUCACUUACUUUCGCGUUUGAGAAACAGGUGGAUCAGCAAUUGAAGAAAAAAAUCAUGGAUUUAUGUAGAUGUGUAAUUAGAUGAAAAUGCAUAUUUUGACCUUUACCCAAUAAUGUCCACCAUAGUGACGGACGCCACCGCAAAAUGUCUGUCCCUUCAAAAAGUGCGUAUGGGGUGGGGUAACUUCAGACACAGCCCUACUUUAUUUGACUAAUACAGUAAAUUUGAAGAAGUAAAUAAAAACAAGUGGGUAAAUUAGGACACUAUGUGUAGCGAACAGCCGCUAUGUCAUCUUAAGUUAAGCUUCAUGAAUCCAUUUGCGGUGAACCUCACAGUUGAUGGGUAGUGGCUUGCUGUGGGUGCACAUUUGUUAUUGUGGUACAUCACAGGAUUAAAUUAGUGCGCUCAAAAUUUUCCACUACGAUUUCAAACACUGAAAACUGGCUAUGCCUUUAAAUAGUCCACUAUAUGAGAUCAUAAAAAAACUGAGCUUGACUUAUAUGCACACCGCAGAUGUAUGUGACACACAGUGUCUAAUCUAUGACUUUAAGGUGCUUCCUGUACCUUUUGAUAUAAGUGAGACUUUUCAAGCUCAUUCACACAGCUAGGGGGUCUCAAACUAUUGAAUAGUGACAAUAUUAGUAGUGUGUUUUCUCAAAAAAAAAAAAAAAAAAAAUUGCAAGAUCAUAGGUUACUUGGAUUUGUUUUGCAUUUAUUGCUUGACAUGAUUAAAUUGAUUAUACAAAUGCUGUAUCUGUAGGCAUAAUUUGGUCAGAAAAAAACUGACUUCCUUGACAUUACACGGACAGUCUUUGAGUCUUUCAGACGUCUGCAGCAGAUCAUCUUAAAUGCUGUGUGAAAGAAGCGAUUUUCAUAUUCAUCUGUUUGAGCCAAACAUCAACAUGAGGAUUAUUCAGCUGCAGCUUUAUGUGUUAAUGUUGUGUCAAGCUGCAGUGACUUUAGAUCAAUUAACAGAUUUGGGACAAAAUGUGACUAUAAACUGUGAUCUGGACUCAAAUGAAGUUUAUUGGAUUUUACUGAAACAAUCAGAUUCUCAUACAGUGAUACUGCGCUCAUUCUCAAACUCACCAUCAGCUUUUUACUUUAAUAACACAUUUCAAAAGAAAUAUUCAGUGAAAUCUAAACAUGAUUUGGUGAUAUAUAAUAUUACUGCAGAUGAGUUAGGGAUUUAUUACUGUAUGAACACAGGCCCAGGAUCUCCAAAACUCAGUAACAGCACAAGACUGCACAUCAUCGAGCCAACUCAACCGACUGAGUUAACUGAAUGUAAUAAACACACACAUGACCCUGUGACCGAGCAAAACUGUACAGAAUGGAAGACGUUCAGCCUCAUAUCUGCUCUGAUAAUUUGUGUUUUGAUCUUUACAGUCAUAGGACUAAUAAAAGUUUGUGUUACUAAAACUGGAUGUUGGAUCAGAUUUGGAAAACUUCAUAACACCGAUCAACAGCAGACACAAGUUACAGAACAGCAUCAAGACCCAGACCAACUACAGUAUGCGACGAUGGACUUUUCCAAACUGCGUAAACAUGUUCGUCCAAGCAAAGACAACAGCACAUAUUCUGCUCUAAAGCUGUCAAGAUCAAGAGCACAAGAAUAUUAAUGAGCUCAUAUUAUUGUAUAAUCUUACUUAUUUUAAUAUUUCUUGUGGAUUUCAAUUCAUAUAAUGUAUUGACAUUAUUAAAUUAGCAUUUUUAUCUCUUUAGUUGCUGACUAGAUAACAGCAAAAACAAAAAGAUAAAUUUUAUAAAGUAUAACAGAAUAAAAAUGCAUUGAAAACUGUAUAAUGCUGUUUUUAACCAUAGUGGUCCUACUGUAAAACAUUUUGUAGUUUUUAUGGUAAAAAACUGACAGCUGUGGUUGCCACCGUAAAGACACAGGAAACGUAAACAAUUUUGCAGUUAUAUUUUUUAUUUUAUUAUAAAUCUGCUUAACACAUAGAGAUUACCAUCAUAACACAGUUGGUAAAAUGGAUGUCCACAUGCUGAAUCAUAGUUUAUCACAAGUGGUCUUUCAAUAAAGUAGAUUAUAUUUCUGCUGGGUUGUAAACAGUCAUCACUUGGCUGUCAUGAGGCCAUUAUAAUUGUGACCACUUUUUACCAGUGAUACCAGUGAAACUUGUCAUUUAAAUAUCAUUAAGUGUUAAUACUUUGUCAAGUAGAUUUAUAACAGUGUCAUAAAUAUUUUUCUUGACCUCAACUACAGUGGUACAAAUUAAAUUUGUCAUUAAAAUGUCAUAAAGUGUUAAUACUCUGUCAAAUAGUUUUAAAACAGCAUCAUGAAUAUUCUUCAUAAUGUUUUUUUUAUUUUUCUCCAGUUGUUAGAGAAAUAAAAUCAAUCUUCCAAUAAUAAUAUUAAUAAUAAUUAAAAUUGAUUAAAUUUUAUUUUAUUGCAUUAGACAGAUUCACCUAAAAUUAAAUGAAAACAGUACAAUAGUGGGUUAAGCCAUGCAGCGUUGGGUCCAUAUCGUUGCAAAAAUGUUAAUUCAAAGUUAAUUAAAUUAAAUAAUUACAUUUUUUGUUUGUUUUUUCUUCUA